AGUCCCUGUUUUCUCUCGCCACAGUCUUGGACCCAAGGUAUAAGGACUGCUAUUUUGACCAAGCAACAAAAAGGGAAGCAAUAGAAGCAUUGAAUGAUAAAAUGAGAUGUGCAGCACCAGCAAAAGAUGUAGAAGAGCCAAAGGAGAAGAAAACCAAGACAACAACAGAUGACAACAACAAUGUUUCCCUGCUGACAAUGUAUGAAGAAAUCCUUCAAGAAAACAACACAAAAGAGCUGAACCAAAGCAAAACAGAUCAGCAGAUAAAAGCCUAUCUCUCAGAGCCCACAAUUCCUCGAUCGGAGAGCCCCAUGGACUACUGGAGAAGCAACAAAGCCCGGUUCCCAGAACUUGCCUCACUCGCACGGAAGUACCUGUCAGCGCCUUGCACAAGCAUAGACAGUGAACGUUUAUUUUCUGCCGCUGCAAAUGUUAUCGAUGAAAAACGAAACCGACUUGGAUGUGACAAACCAGAGAUGCUGCUGUUUGUCAAGAAAAAUCUCCCACUGAUGCCCUCACCUAGAAAAUAGAAAAGACAAUGACAAGUCCAGAUUAAGAAAUGUUGAGAAGAGACAGGAAAUAAUUAAAGUUUUAUUAUUAUUAUGAACAAAAGUUUUUUUUUUUUUAUGAUGCAGUCAAAGCAUUAAUCAUUGAGUUUGCACUUUAUUUGAUUACAUUUAAAAAAAAAAAAGAAAAAAGGAAACUUGACUUGAAUAUUCCUACCGCAAGGGAUGCACUUUUUUUGUUAAAAUGGAGUGGUGUCUUGCUACGUUAUUGUUAUAUAUAGCAAAUGACCACAUUUUGUAAGGAAAUGAAAAUAAACAUUU